GAUUCCUUCUUCAUUCACAAAGUCUACAUCCAUGGAUACAGACUUUCCCAAUAAAGUUUCUUGUGACAGAAGAAUGUGCUUCUACUGGAUUAUAUGCUCUUCAUGCUAUACUCACUAGCCAUGCCAGGCAUUGUGGUGUUCCGUCGUCGCUGGUCUGUGGGAAGUGAUGAUCUUGUUUUGCCAGCCAUUUUUCUCUUUCUCCUUCAUACAACAUGGUUCAUCAUCCUUUCUGUGGUGCUCUUUGGACUGGCAUACAAUCCCAAUGAGACCUGCUCUCUCAAUCUGGUUGACCAUGGCAGAGGCUAUCUGGGUAUUUUGCUCAGCUGCAUGAUCGCCGAAGUUGCAAUCAUCUGGCUCAGCAUGCGUGGCAGCAUCUUGUACACAGAACCCCGGGAUUCCAUGCAAUAUGUGCUCUACGUCAGACUGGCAAUCUUGGUGAUUGAAUUUGUCUAUGCUAUUGUGGGCAUUGUUUGGUUAACCCAGUACUACAGUUCCUGCAAUGAUGUUACUGCCAAGAGUGUCACUUUGGGAAUGGUCGUCUGCAACUGGGUGGUCAUUUUGAGUGUCUGUAUCACUGUCCUGUGCGUCUUUGACCCAACAGGACGGACCUUUGUUAAAUUGCGAGCCACAAAGAGGAGACAGCGUAAUCUGAGGACAUAUAACCUGAGGCAUCGCUUGGAAGAAGGGCAGGCUAGCAGCUGGACCCGCCGUCUCAAAGUUUUCCUCUGCUGCACACGAACAAAAGAUUCGCAAUCAGAUGCUUACUCUGAAAUUGCAUAUCUCUUUGCUGAAUUUUUCCGAGAUCUUGACAUAGUCCCAUCUGAUAUCAUAGCAGGCCUCGUUCUACUACGUCAACGACAGAGGGCAAAACGCAGUGCAGUAUUGGAUGAAGCAAACAAUGAUAUUCUAGCUUUCUUGUCCGGAAUGCCAGUUACCAGGAACACAAAAUAUUUGGACCUGAAAAACUCACAAGAGAUGCUGCGAUAUAAAGAGGUGUGCUAUUAUAUGCUCUUUGCUUUGGCUGCUUAUGGCUGGCCCAUGUACUUGAUGAGGAAGCCUACCUGUGGACUCUGUCGCUUGGCCAGAUCCUGCUCUUGCUGCUGCCUCUGUGCUACUCGGCCACGUUAUGCACCUGGUGUCACCAUUGAGGAAGAUAAUUGCUGUGGCUGCAACGCUAUUGCCAUUCGGCGCCAUUUCCUUGAUGAAAACAUGACUUCUGUGGACAUUGUGUACACUUCAUGUCAUGAUGCGGUUUAUGAAACCCCCUUCUAUGUGGCUGUAGAUCAUGAAAAGAAGAAAGUAGUCAUCAGCAUUCGAGGAACUUUAUCUCCAAAGGAUGCUUUGACUGAUUUGACUGGAGAUGCUGAGCGCCUCCCUGUGGAGGGUCAUCACGGAACUUGGCUUGGACACAAGGGGAUGGUGCUGUCUGCUGAGUAUAUAAAAAAGAAACUGGAGCAGGAGAUGGUGUUGUCUCAGGCUUUUGGGCGUGAUUUAGGCAGAGGAACAAAACAUUAUGGCCUAAUUGUAGUGGGCCAUUCCUUAGGAGCAGGCACAGCGGCCAUUUUGUCCUUUCUGUUACGUCCACAGUAUCCAACUCUAAAGUGCUAUGCCUAUUCUCCACCAGGUGGGCUUCUAAGUGAGGAUGCUAUGGAGUACUCUAAAGAAUUUGUGACUGCAGUUGUGCUAGGCAAAGACCUUGUUCCCAGGAUUGGCCUCUCACAGUUGGAAGGAUUUCGCCGGCAGCUUCUUGAUGUUUUGCAGAGAAGUAACAAACCAAAGUGGAGAAUCAUAGUUGGUGCAACCAAAUGCAUACCCAAGUCUGAGCUUCCUGAAGAACCUGAAGGGAACUCAGUAACCAGUAACCGCCUCUGGACCCAUCCUAGUGAUUUAACUAUUGCCCUCUCAGCCAGCACACCUCUCUACCCUCCUGGGCACAUCAUCCACGUGGUUCAUAAUCAUCCUGUUGAACAGUGUUGUUGCUGUGAUCAGGAAGAACCUACGUACUUUGCCAUUUGGGGAGACAACAAAGCAUUUAAUGAAGUGAUAAUUUCCCCAGCAAUGUUGCAUGAACAUCUGCCAUAUGUGGUAAUGGAGGGUCUUAACAAGGUCCUGGAAAAUUACAACAAGGGCAAAACAGCUUUACUUUCUGCAGCCAAAGUGAUGGUGAGUCCUACAGAAGUGGACCUCAACCCGGAAUUAAUCUUCCUGAAUCAACCCCUGCCUAGUAGACCUUCUGUGCAGAUUGGAAUUGGAGACAUAGCAGUGGAUAGAAGGAACAGCAGUACUAAGAGUAAGGCUCACUCUGAAAUCAGUUUGGAAGGGUUUUAUGAGACCAAGCUUCUGUCUCCAGUGCAGAAGGAUCCUGUGGAGAUCCUGCUACUAGAUACCAAGGAGCGCCUGUCUGUAGAACUGCAGGACCGGCGUGCUCCUCUUGCUACAAUGGAGAGCCUAUCUGAUAAUGAAUCCAUCUAUAGCUUUGAUUCAAGGCGUUCCUCUGGUUUCCGUAGCAUUCGUGGCUCACCCAGCCUCCAUGCAGUCAUGGAAAAAGAUGAAACUCACUGUUUUUAUAUUGAUCCAGCAAUUCCUGAGGAGAACCCCUCCCUCAGCUCACGGACAGAACUGCUUGCUGCUGACAGCCUCUCCAAACACUCCCAGGAGACUCAACCUCCUGAGGGCCUGCAGAACAGCGGAGGCACCACUCCUCAGCGGCGAUGCAGUGAUGAAGGCGCUGGUAGUGAUACAGACCAUAUUUCCUUUACUCGGGAAGAAUUGACCCUCCAAAAUGGGAGGCUGAGUGAUGCCCCCAGCCCACAAGUGUUGGAGUUUGCAGAGUUUAUAGAUAGUCUCUUUAACCUGGACAGCAAAAGCAGUUCCUUUCAGGACAUUUACUGCAUGAUGGUAUCGGACAGCACCAGUGAUUUUGCUGAGAUUCCCAAGUCAGUGAGUGACCAGGAGAUCUUGCUAAGAGCACAGUAUGAGCCCAACUUAGUCCCAAAGCCCCCCAGGUUAUUUGCAGGCUCAACAGAUCCUUCCUCAGGCAUAUCCGUUUCCCCUUCUUUCCCUCUGAGUUCUUCUGGAGAGCUUAUGGACCUCACUCCUACAGGCAUGAGUAGCCAGGAAUGCCUAGCCACUAACAAAAUCCGGACUUCCACUCCCACUGGAAAUAUGACCAGUCCUGCCAAACAAGAAGACCUUGUGAUCUCAGCCCUCUAAUAUAGGAGAGAAGGGCCAGAGUAGCAAAUCCUAUAACAGUGAAUCUUGGGAUAGCGCUUGGAGGAGCUGGUCUCUGGGCAAGUGAGAAUGGGUGAAAAUGCAUGGGGAAGCACAGUUUCCCCUCCUGGGUGCUACAUUAAUGGCACUACAAAGGAUUUCAGCAUGAAGGAUGCCACAUAUUGGCUCAAGUUCUUUAGUUAGGGAGAAAAUCACUGCCUAACGCAGCUUGCUGCUUUUUCAGGGUCUCGUUCACUGAAGUUAGAUGAUUGGUUUCCCUACCUCAGCAUAUUUCUUUAAACAAGAAGGCAGACUCAUUGCCUUUCCUGCUGAAAUUAUGAACGUACUGUCUAUGGGCUAGAUGAUUAGAGUAACUGAAGCUAAAAGGUCUGAUAAUGUCCAAUAGUCAUGUCAAAAUCAAGGAAAUUGUGACAUUGGGCUUUAUUGCACUAGUGUGUCAUGUUUGAUCCAAGUACCUGUUUAUUGUUGUCAUCAUGAUUUUUUUAUGACAUGCUCUCCUGUUUUAUAGCCAUUGACUGUGUUCCAAAGGAAUGCAGCCUCCCACCUCUAAACCCUAACUGGGUGCAGUGAGAAUUGGGAUGGGGCAACCUGUGCUCCUCCAAUUAGCUCUGUGUUCAGUGAUAUCCACACUUCUUCUAAGAAGAAAGAAAAUACAUGUACUGGAGAGUUGAAGGCCAUUUCCACCUUUCAUCACCCGCUGGAGGGGUGAACAGUCUCUUGGGUCUCACAUUGUUGCACAGCUCCCCUAACCACUAUGAAAUAGAGACAAUCUUGCUCUCCAACAUAACUGUCAUCUCUAUUUGCAUGGAUUGAUUGGUUUAAACUAGCUUUUGUUUUUCAAGAAGCUUGCCAAUUCCCUGCAUUAUUCCCCAGUCCUUGAGUAUGGAACUAUUUUGUUCCCAUUUAUAAUUGCAGUAUAAUAUUGUCUGUCUCUGAGUUCAGGAAAAAGAGGGACUUUUUACUGCAUAUUGAAGUUUCAUGUAUGUUUACAGAUCUACUAAGCAUUUGGGAGGUAAACAGGAAAUCUCUACUUUUGUGAGGAAAAGGUGCUCUCUGCCCUUCCCAUUUCUCCAUCAACAUGGGGUCUAAGUCAACCAUGGAAAGAAUAGGAAGAAUUGCUGUUACAUAUCCUUACUAGAAAGUAAGACUAGAAUGUUGGCAUUAACCCUCUGUGUAUGCAUCCUAACACCCAACUGAAUAUCAUGGGCUUAUGAAUAUGAGGUAACUGCACAACAGCAGCUCCUGAAAUUUCUUCUCAGCUAUUAAUCCUGCAGUUUGGUGCUCACAAUUAAGUUCAUGACAACAGGGUGACACUGUGUAAAAUUGCAGGGAUUUUCCAAUGGUGAAAUUGGGAGUGAAAUAGCAUUUAUGUAGAAGUCAAACAUACUUGAUCUACAAUCUUGUAUUGUACUAAAAUAUAUCUGAAUAUGACAAUGCCACAGAAAAUUCUUACUUCAGGCUAUUUCAGUAUACAGUCUCUGGGUUCUACAAAGUAUACUAGACACAUCUCACAGGCCAUGAAGUUAUGUCCUUGGUAAAUCCCUUAGGUUUGCAGCCGUAAGCCUCCAAGUAGGCUGUUAAAAUAAAGGGGUUUUGAGGAAUUUGUUAGCCUCCCAUGAAUGAUUAGUAUGCUAUGUUAUGCUUAGAAGUUGGAUGUUGUGAAGAAGAUUGAGAAAAACUGUACACUUUGUGGUAACAGAUAAUGUAAUCCUAUGCAUGUCUACUUGUAAACAGUCUCAGUGGGUUCAGUGAGACUUUUUCACAGGUAAGUGUGCUUAGAAUUGCAGUCUUAGUUCUAGGAGACUGUCUACAUUCAAGUUGUUGCCUUGUAUACUUUAAUACUGCAUUUAUUUGAAAUAAGUGCAAUUUACUUGAAAUAGGUCUACAGUAAACUCAGUGUGACUUCCGUUUGAGAAAAUGCAUUGAAUUGGGCUGCAAAUAUGUGGUUAUAAAAUAGUACACUUAUAUUGCAUUAAUGUAACUGAAUUUACAAUAUGAAGGAUGCUGUUGAAAUUGGGGCCUUUUGUUUUUAUAUGCUGUUCAGUGAGAGAGGGGUUAACCCCUAUCUUAAAGUAAUUAUGCAUUGGAAUUAUAAACUUCUGCACUUAAAAAACAAUAAUUUAAUGAUUUAGGGUUGUUCCAGUUUGUUUUAUAGCUUUGUUUUCAAAUGUUUCUCUUUUUCCAAGAAUUCUUGCAACAAUCAGGUAGAAUUAUGUCCAUCAUCAAAAAAAUUCUAUGUAUCUUGUUGAAUAAUUAGUAACUGCUUUUAUAGUGAAUACAAGAAUAGUUGUUCUCACUCACUUAGAUUACCGUAAACAUCUGCUACCUAGGCCAAGGCUAACAAAAUGUUCUUCACUAAAGGCAUGGUGGGAAUAAUAUUGAGUUAUUAAAGGUAAAUUCAUAUUUCCAAACAUUCAGGUAUUCUUUUUGAUGAAAGCACAUAAUAAAUAUUUGUAAUGACAUUUGGAAAGGAAGAUAUAUUGGUAAGUUUAAGCUGCAGGUACCUAUAAUGAGUUAGACUCUCCAGAUUGGGUGGCUUAAAGAUCUGAUAUAAACCAUCCAAAUUGGGUGGUUUAAGGAUCUAAUAUAAACCAUGUAGUCAGUUAAUCUCAUAAAAGCAAUGUUUUGUAAAUUGAACUAUAUUCAGUGAUUAAGUUAGGGCUACAAUGUCUGGUUUGCAAAAAUCCUUUUUGGUAAUAUCUAAUGGUUAUCUGAAGAUAGCCCUAGCUAAUACUUAGCACCUAGAGAUUUCUUUAAACAUCAAAGCACUUUACAAAUUAAAUGAAUCUUCCCAAGCUAGGUCAUAAGAACAUCAGAUGGGGAGAAAGAAAGGGUUUGUGCUUGUAUGUGCAAGAAGCCUAUCUAACUUAUUAGAUGGAGGUAGGGCUGUUUCUAACAAAAUAUACUAAGGCUACAUAACAUAGGCUUCUUGCCUAAAAUAAUUAUUUUAGGUUUAGAGAGUAAGGACAGAAAACAAUCAGGUAGCUGGUGUAGCUUUGCUUGGGGAAGAGUUUAAUUUGUUUUCCUGGUGGUAGAUCAAGCUAUUGCACUACAAUGUCAUGUCUGACCUGAACACAAUUUAACUGUCAUUUCUUAGGGGUUGUUGUUGUUACUUUUAUUUUAAACUUGUUUGAUAGUAUCCUUAGGGUGUUUCUUGCUCUCUUUCUUGUCUGGAGCAGGAAGAAUCUAUCUUAACUGGGUCCCAGAUUAUCUGUAUGAUUUGGGGACUUUGUUCAAACAGGAGAAACAUAUCAAUUCUGGUGACUUAUAUUCUUCAACUGAUCAUGAGUGGCUACAGUAAAAUGGGGACCGACUGGGAACAUUUAAUUGUAUCAGUUCACAACAUCUCAUUUGCCCUAUUUAUUAUAGAUUUAUUCUUUAUCAUAUUCUCUUAGUGCUAAUUGACCCUUUUAGUAUAAAUCUAAGUAGUAUAUAAACAUUUCCAGCAAUAUCAAUAUUCAUUCCAACCGGAAAUGAUCUACGGCUGACAUAUAAAUUCAGUGGCCUGUUGAGUUUCAUGCCUAAACAUGCUACUACCUCUUUCAUUCCUAGAAAAUGCUGCUGCUCACUACAUAUAUGCUCCCUGUGCUUUGGCAGAUGGGUUUUCAUACAUUUUUUUCCCUUAGGUCUGAAAAGUGCCACUUUAUUUAGUUAUCAUCUAUUAUUGUUAUACAUUAAUGGUUAUUAGAUUUUGGAUGGAAAUUAUACCACUCUGAUGAAUGUUUGAAGCAGAGUCAGCCAACUGAUUUACACUAGCAAGUUGGAUUUGUGCACUUUAACAAUUAAGUACUAAAAGCAAAAGUCCCUUAAAUACACUGAUGCUGCUUUGCCAAAGAUGCCCUCGCAAAGAAUAUCUUUCAGCUGACAUUUUACAAUUUAACACAGCUGGGCAAUCUGGAUCUUUUGCACUGCAGUAAUAUAGGAUCCAGUCAUUAUAGCUAAUGGAUGGAGAUUCCAGAGGCAGUGAAGGACAGGAAGGCCUGGCACGAUAUGGUUCAUGGGGUCCCAAGGAGUCGGACAUGACUUAACGACUGAACAACAACAACCAGACUGUCAGUCUCUGAAUGUGGCUAAAGAAUAUCUGUGACACAUUUUAUCAAUAAGUCUUUUAUUGUGCUUAGAUAUAAGUGCAUAACAAGUAAAAAUACUUAUAAUAAAGUUUCUAUUGACUGAGUAGCCAUCAUGGAAUAUAAUCAGGAACACGUAUAGAAAACAUAACUGCAUUUUGAUUAUUAAUUGCACAACUUAAAAUAUUUUCAUUGCUGUUUAGAUGAAUGGUAGUUGAAGAUUGCUUCCAUUAUAACUGAAAGAUGGUAUUUUUCAAAUAUGCCCAGAUCAACAGUAUUGUGCUAGUUCUUCUGAACAUGUUUGUUCCAGACAUAAAUCCUAUUAUUGAAAGAUUUGUACUAAAUGUGAUAAAUGGAAACUUCAUCUUCUGGUACUUCAUAUGGUUUUAAAUAUACAUUGGUCUUUCCAUAAUUUUAUUCCUUUUCAAUAAUCUGCAGUUUGGUGAUUUCCAUUUCCGAUUCUGCCAUGCUACCUAUAAUUUUUCAAAUAUGUUCAUUAUAAUUAUACUUUAUCAUCUUUCCCCCUGUACUCUUGAUGUUAAAUACUCCUUUUCUUUGCCAUCAUCUAAUCUUAGUUAGUACUGGAUGCAUCUUGUUGUUUCAAAAACCUGUGUUCUCACUUUUCAAGCUUUUCCACGUUUUAAAAUUCAAAACUAUCCAUGAGAGUGCUUCUGUUGCAAGCCUGUUUUCCAAGAAUUCAAAUUACCAUGUUCAGAUUGCAAUUCUUCCAGAUAGCACAUCCUUUGUUCUUUAGAUUGCCAUGGAAAAUAUGAUUACAUAAGUGUUACUGAAUAAUGCCUUUGAUGAGCACAUAAUUUCUCCUUCAUAUAUUUUGAAAACUUCUGGGUCUUUUGUCUUUUAUUUCUUUGUGCAAUUAAUUGCUGUUUCUCCUACUAUGCAACUGAAAUUUUGAAGCAUCAAAGAUCAGCUUUAAAAAACACAUGAGGUAUGACUACAUGCUACAUUUCUCAUUUGCCCUACAAUUUCAGGAAGCCUGAUGUAUUGUCUCUAUUUCAAAGUCAGCAUAAAGCAUUCAAAAAGACUUCUCACUUAAUAGGAAAGAUGGUGGAUGGCAGCUAGAAUCUUCAUCCUUAAUAUUGGGGGGGGAGAGGUACUGUGUAAUGUGUAUUACUAAAGAUAAAACUGUAUAUAAGUAAUCCUGUGAAACAAUUUUACACUUCCAUAGUCCAUCCAGCCCAGUAUUGCCUGUUCUAGACAUGUUUUUCCAGUGUCUCAGGCAGAGGUUUUUGGACUUGUUAAAGAUUGAAUCAGGGAUUUUAUACAGACAAAUUAUGUGUUCUACCAUUGAUUUAUGGCUUUUAACAAUAAUAAUAUUAGCAAAAUAGUCCUUGAUUAAAGAUUAAUCUAGGAAGCUCUAAAUUCAGACUGAAAAAUAACCAAAUGAUUUCACCACAAAACAUAUAGUUAAUGUUCCGUAGAAUUUAAUAUAUGAUAUUUAACUAAAUCAUAUUUUCCA